AUCCUGGCCGGUGGCAGUUCUCAGCCAAAGGAGGCGACUGUCGCCGCGACUCUUGGAGGUGUCUGUGCAGUGUCACACGUUGUGGGCUGGGCUCUCCUGCCUGUGCCUCCUUCGUCCCUCGAGUCCGCGCAGCUGUCCUCGUGGGCUGCUGAUUCGUGGCCUGGAAGAGGGCCGUACUGAGAUGAGGCAGAUAGUGAUUUAAGAGGAAGAGUGAAAAGGAUUUUUGAUAAUGGCAUCAGCCACUAAGGAGUUUAAAAUGGACAACUUUUCGCCUAAAGCUGGCACUAGCAAAUUGCAACAGACAGUCCCAGCUGAUGCAUCUCCUGAUUCUAAGUGUCCUAUAUGCUUGGAUAGAUUUGAUAAUGUGUCGUACUUAGAUCGCUGUUUACAUAAGUUCUGUUUUCGCUGUGUACAGGAGUGGUCAAAGAACAAAGCUGAAUGUCCACUAUGUAAACAGCCCUUUGAUUCUAUUUUCCAUUCUGUGAGGGCAGAAGAUGACUUCAAGGAGUACGUCCUAAGGCCUUCAUAUAAUGGUUCUUUUGCCACCCCCGAUGUUCCACGAUUCCGCUAUCGUACAACUAUGACACGGGAACGAGGUGCUUCUGUGUACUCACCUAGUGGUACCAUGAGUAGAAGAACAACAACCCCCCCCGACAGUGGAGUACUGUUUGAAGGGUUGGGCAUUUCCACAAGACCUAGAGAUGGUGAAAUUCCUCAAUUUGUGAGACAGUUUGCAAUAAGGAGGCCAGCUACUGCAGAUGAAAGAUCUUUGCGGAAAAUUCAAGAACAGGAUAUUAUUAACUUUAGGCGGACUCUCUACCGUGCUGGUGCUCGCGUUAGAAAUAUUGAAGAUGGCGGUCGCUACAGGGAUAUUUCGGCGGAAUUUUUCCGUAGGAAUCCGGCCUGCCUUCACAGAUUAGUUCCUUGGUUGAAACGCGAACUUACGGUUCUUUUUGGAGCUCAUGGAUCUUUAGUGAACAUUGUCCAGCACAUCAUCAUGAGUAAUGUUACUCGCUAUGACUUGGAGAGUCAGGCAUUUGUGUCUGAUUUAAGGCCAUUUUUACUUAAUCGGACUGAGCAUUUUAUACAUGAAUUUAUCAGUUUUGCUCGAUCUCCUUUUAACAUGGCAGCCUUUGACCAGCAUGCGAAUUAUGAUUGCCCUGCUCCUUCAUAUGAAGAAGGUAGCCAUUCUGAUUCUUCAGUCAUAACAAUAUCUCCUGAUGAAGCUGAGACCCACGAGCUGGAUAUCAAUGUAGCCACUGUCAGUCAUGCACCAUGGGAUGAUGAAACUCCAGGGCCAUCUUACUCAAGCUCAGAGCAGGUGCACGCUGCCAUCUCUUCCCUUUUAAAUACUUCUGACAGUUCCGAUGAAGAACUUGUAACAGGAAGAGCCACAUCUCAGAUACAAGGAGUACAAACCAAUGAGGACCUAAAUAAUGAUAGCGAUUCCUCUUCAGAUAAUUGUGUCAUUGUUGGGUUUGUUAAACCACUAGCUGAGAGGACCCCAGAACUUGUUGAACUGUCCUCUGAUUCUGAGGAGUUAGGCUCUUAUGAGAAAAUGGAGACAGUGAAGACACAAGAACAGGAGCAGUCUUACAGUUCUGGUGAUAGUGAUGUCAGUAGAUGUUCAUCUCCACGCUCUGUCCUUGCGAAGGAGGAGCAAAUAAAUAAAGGUCAUUGUGAUUCUGGUACAAGAGUCAAAUCAAAGAAGGAAGAGAAACGGUCUACAUCAUUGUCCUCUCCCAGAGACCUGAGCUCAUCUAUCAGAGGAGACAGAGUAUAUUCCCCGUAUAACCAUAGACACAGAAGGAGAGGAAGAUCGAGAAGUUCAGAUUCACGUUCCCAGAGUAGAAGUGGGCAUGAUCAGAAGAAUCGUAGGAAGCAUCAUGGGAAGAAAAGAAUGAAAAGCAGACGAUCCAGAAGCAGGGAGAGUAGCAGACCCAGAGGUAGAAGAGACAAAAAGAGAUCAAGAACUAGAGAUAGCAGUUGGUCGAGAAAAAGCCAAACUCUGUCUCUAAGUAGUGAAAGCACAAGCAGGUCAAGAUCUCGCAGCAGUGAUCAUGGUAAAAGAAGAUCACGGAGCAGAAAUAGAGAUCGUUAUUAUUUAAGAAAUAAUUAUGGGAGCAGAUACAAGUGGGAGUAUACUUACUACAGUAGGAACAAGGACAGGGAUGGCUACGAAUCAUCUUACAGGAGGAGGACUCUGUCCAGAGCUCAUUAUUCCAGACAAUCUUCAAGUCCAGAAUUUAGAAUGCAGUCCUUUUCGGAAAGAACAAAUGCUAGGAAGAAAAAUAAUCACAGUGAAAGGAAAUAUUACUACUACGAAAGGCACAGGUCAAGGAGCCUGUCUAGUGGUAGAUCAAAGACUGCAUCUACAGGGCCUGACCGGGGCAGAAAUGAAAAGCCUGGAGGGAAACGAAAAUACAAAACGCGACAUCUGGAGGGUACUAAGGAAGUGGCUCAACCAUCUCGUGAAUUUACUUCUAAAGUAAAGGAAGGCCAUUACCAAAAAUCUUCAUCAAAAUUGGAUGGAAACUACAAAAAUGAGAGUGACAGCUUUUCAGAUAGCCGAUCAUCAGAUAGAGAGACAAAACACAAGAGGAGGAAAAGGAGGACCCGAAGCCUAAGUGUGGAGAUAGUUUAUGAAGGGAAAGCUACCGAUACAAUGAGACAUCAUAAAAAGAAAAAGAAGAAACAUAAGAAGAAGCAUAAGAAACACCAUGGAGAUAAUGCAUCACGGUCCCCGGUUGUAAUUACCAUUGACAGUGAUAGUGAUAAGGAUUUCGAAGUGAAGGAGGCUGUAGUACGUAACAGUAGUGGUCCUCAAGACUCUCUACGAAAUGAGUUUUUGCCUCCUUCCUUGGAACCAUUUGAAACUAAAGAUGUAGUUACAAUAGAAGAUGAAUUUGGUGUCCUGGACAAGGAGUGUGAUAUUAGCACACUUAAUAACAACUUGAACAGUGCCAACAAAAUUGUAGAUAAUAUUCCAUCCCAGGCAGCUUCAGUUGAACAGACUCUUGAUGUGAGAGAGGAGAGCACCUUUGCCUCUGAUUUGCAGAACCAGCCCAGUAAUGUCUCUAUUCAGACUGAGCCAUCAAGGCAAUUGCCAUCACCACGGACAUCAUUAAUGUCAGUGUCUCUUGGUAGAGACCACAACAUGUCUUAAAACUGCCAAAGCAUCUCAUUGAGAAUUCUCAUGGUAUAAAAAGAAAAAAAUGGAACAGUGUCAUCUACUGCAGUCUAUUUAAAGAUGACUUGGUGAAGACUCUUUUCCCCCUUAAAAAUAUUUUAAGUGAUUUUUUUUGUGUUAAAAAUUUGUAAAAAUCAUUAUUUGUUGAAAAAGUAUGUGUCCCACCCUCAGAGAUUUGCACUUUGAAAAAAAUGAUAUUGCUAGCAGUUUAUUUAAAACUUGGAAUCCUUUUUAAAUAAAAAAAUAUAAAUUUUAGAAGUUAUUUCAUAAAGCCAUAUGGUAUUGACAUAUUUUUAAAGUAGUCAAUGAGUAUUUUUGAAUUUUUUUUUUGAGAGUUACUCUGGAAACGUGUUAUAAGCUAGGAGAAUCCCUUUGGACAGUCUUUAUUUUUCUUCUUAAAAAUUUGUAUGAUUCAAAACCAUUUCUUCAGGUUAAAUUGAGGCAUUUUAAUCUGCACAGUUUAUCUCUAUAUCUGCCAAAAAAUUUAAAUAUUUCCUUUAUAUACUUGUUUAUCUGGACUGCCAGUAAAACAGAUGUGUAUUCAACAAAAGAAAAAAUAAAACAGUAACACUUUAAAACAAGAAUUCAGAAAUUUUACUAAGCAGUAUUGAUUUUUUAAAAAAAAUCAGACUAUUUUAGUGGAGCUAAAAUUGUGAAAUAGUUGAGGAUAUACUUGUGUCAUAAAUACUGAAUUUUAGGUGAUCUGCAUUUAUUUUCACAGUUUUAAUGAUUAUUUUAGUUCCUUAGUAUGAUUAUGAAGAGUAUCUUAUUUGCUUUCUAUCUUCAGCAAAGUGAAGUUAUUUAGCGUUUAGCUUACUAAAAACAAAAACCCUUGCCAGACUGCUUUUACACAGUUUCUAUGUUUAUGUUCUAUCCUGUUUUAGAGAUGAUAAAAAUUGCUCUACGUCUGUAGCCUGAUCUAGGAUUGCCAGUGAACAGAAUGGGGAUUAAAUCUAAAUUUAGCCUUCAGUUUGCCUUGCUACCGUAUUCAUUCAUCAUUCAACCGAAAUUGGAAUGCCUGCUGUGGCAGGUUUUAGGUUUUUAGGGAUUCAGUGAUAGAACAAAACAGAUAUGCUCUGUGCCCUCACGGGGUGCAUAUUCUUCUAUAUAUAUAUCUCUAUAUAGACAUUACAAACUAUAAGUUCCCUGGAGAGGAAGUAUGAUUUCCUAUAAGAGCCUAUAGUGGGGCCUAAUCUCAGGUGGAAGUGAUGGUUGAAUUGAAAUCCAGGAAACACGUAGACAUUAGCUAGGUGUAGAGUUGCUGUUAGCAAAGGUAAAGAUGUGUAAAGAUCAAAAGGCAGCAGGGGAGCGUAGCGUGUUCCAAGAACUAAAUGAAUGCAGGCUUAGCCAAAGGACAGAGUGUGAGGCCAAGCUUUGCAGGCCAUCUUUACAGUUGUGUUUAUCCUAAGGGCGGUAGGAAACUGAUUUAAAGUGACAGUAUAAAAUUGAUGGCAAUUUUUAUUAAGCUCAGACAGUGAGAAAUUGUAGGAAGACUAUAGUUGGUCAAGGAAUAGACUUUGAAAUUAUAAAAUGAUGAACUAACUUUGUAGUUUUUCUUAAGUAUUAAAAACUUAAUGCUGUUUUA